AUGUGACAUGUAACAUCUUAGUAGAAUUGUUAGGAUUGAAAUUCAAUGAAAUUGUAGGACCCUGCUUUUACUUCUUCAUUGAUUGUAAAAGAUAUGUUUGAAUGUUGUUGAUUCAAGUGCAACAAAAUAUCAAGCUACCUCUUGAAAUAUGUGUUCCAUUUUUACUUCUCAUGUUAUAAUAUCUUACUUCAAUAUCGAUUUCAAUCCACCCGCAUCAUUCCGACCUGCACAACACUAUAAAUAUUAAAUUAAUUGCAUAAUGUUAAUUAUUAAAUUAAUUGCAUAAUGUUACAUUUUGAACGUGUUGUUUUUUUUAUAAAUAUAAAUGAUUUUAUCGAUUUCAACUUUGCUAACUUCACUCCAAACCGACAGUGUGUCAAGAUCUCAUCUCAAGUAAACAACACAAAUAAAAACAGCUGGCGAAUAUCUCUCUUCCUAUAAACAAUCACACACUCGCCGGAGUCAGAUUCACCCCAUCGGUAAAUCUCUCUCUCUCACUCUCACCACCUCAUAAUGGUUUCCCAAUCCAACGGCACGCCGGCGACGCCAUUUAAGUUCUUGAUCUACGGCCGUACCGGUUGGAUUGGUGGUCUAUUGGGCAAACUCUGCGAAGCUCAAGGCAUCGAGUACACCUACGGCUCCGGCCGUCUUGAGUCUCGCGACACCCUUAUCGCUGACAUCACCGCCGUCAAUCCUACCCAUGUAUUCAACGCUGCCGGAGUUACCGGCCGCCCAAACGUUGACUGGUGUGAGUCACACAAGGUGGAGACCAUACGUACUAACGUCGUCGGAACCCUAACUCUCGCCGACGUUUGCCGUGAAAAGGGGUUGAUUUUGAUCAACUAUGCUACUGGAUGUAUAUUCGAGUAUGAUUCGGAGCAUCAACUCGGGUCGGGUGUCGGGUUUAAGGAAGAGGAUACUCCAAAUUUCAUCGGAUCUUACUACUCCAAGACUAAAGCAAUGGUAGAGGAAUUGCUCAAAAACUAUGAAAAUGUAUGCACAUUGCGUGUAAGAAUGCCGAUUUCAUCCGAUCUUACAAACCCCCGAAACUUCAUCACAAAAAUCAGUCGAUAUGAAAAAGUUGUAGACAUUCCAAACUCCAUGACCAUUCUUGAUGAACUCCUCCCAAUCUCCAUUGAAAUGGCAAAAAGAAACCUAACCGGUAUCUACAACUUCACUAACCCUGGUUGUGUUAGCCACAAUGAGGUCUUGGAGUUGUAUAAAGAGUACAUUGAUUCAAGCUACACAUGGAAGAACUUCACUCUUGAAGAGCAAGCAAAAGUUAUAAUUGCACCAAGAAGCAACAAUGAACUUGACACUUCUAAGUUGAAAAAAGAGUUCCCCGAGCUUUUAUCGAUCAAAGAAUCUCUUGUGAAGUUUGUGUUUGAGCCUAACCGAAAGACACCCGUUGUGGCAUAACCGUAAGGUUUGAAGUUAUUUUGGUUGGUUUGUUUCCUUUUCUUGAUUAUGUUAUUGAUUGUAUGUUGAGAUUGUGAGAUUAAUAUGAGGAUUUCUUACAAUAUAGUGUAUUUUUCUUGUUGUAUUAUCGGGAUUAUCUUGAUUAUGAAUAAGUAUGUGGGAAAUGAUAUAUAGUUCUUGAUUCAUUUGAUCAUAUGAAAUCAACAUAAGGUCUUUCUGGUUGCA